AUGCUCAUGGAGGUGUCCCAUACCCCAACCUCCAUACACAAGAUACACAAGCCUGGAAACAAACUAAGGCCCAUCAUAUCGCAAAUCCUCACGCCAGCCUACACCAUCGCGAAGAGGCUGUGCGCUACGCUGACACCUUAUGUACCAUCCACCUACAGCCUGACCUCAGCAGCUGACUUCCUUGACAUCCUCAAGUCAAACAACGCGAAGGGAAACAUCGCUUUUCUGGAUGUGGAAUCAUUAUUUACGAACGUCCCUGUCGACCGAACCAUCGAAUACAUCUUGCAACGAGUUUACCAUAAUGACGACACCCCGAGCCUAGACAUCCCUGAGCCCACGCUACGCAGCCUUCUUGAGUGCUGCACAAAAGAGGCACCAUUCACCUGCCCUAGAGGUAACAAGUACCAACAAGUGGAUGGCGUCGCCAUGGGCUCCCCGCUGGGAGUCCUGAUGGCGAAUUUCUUCAUGGGCUGCAUAGAGGAAGAAACCUUUAAGACCACCAAGAGACCUGAUAUAUACUGCCGCUACAUCGACGACAUUUUCAUCAAAACCACAAGCACCGAGGACGCCGAACAUCUCAGAAGACUCCUUCAAGAAUUAUCCGGAUUAAACUUCACCAUCGAGCAUAGCACCAACGGAUCCAUGCCUUUCCUGGAUAUCCUCGUCAAACAAGAUCAAGACGCCUUCAACACUGCUGUCUACGUGAAGGCUACUAACCCAGGUCACUGUCUCAAUGGAAGGAGCGAGGGCCCCAAACGCUACAAAGACUCCACCAUAGGGGCCUACAUCCGGAGAGCACUCACCCACUGUAUGUCUGAGUCUUACGCAGCCGCCCCAAGAAGUCACCCCAGUAUCGCUGCCGAGCCUGUUGACGAAGGUCAGUGA